AGCAACCCAGAAAACCUGUGGCUGUUCGCAAAGCAUAUGCUCCCCUGGAGGAGAGCUGGGCUCGUUUGCACUCCAGAACGCUGUGUUUGCCUUUGGAGCAGGGACACUGCCAAUCCUGGCGCUCAACUCGUGCGCAGAUCAGUUUUUAGCGUGCGGAAGUGUGUGAAUUCUAGGAAUUGAGUUAGAAAAACAAAGAACAUAUGUGUGCUGCGUGCCUGGCUGGGCCAAACGGUGAACUCUGCCGUGCUACGUGCGGGAAGCCAAGAGCUGAGCAGAGGGUUGGAAAGAGUGUGUGUGGCUGAGCAGGGCCCAGCCCCACGUGGAGGGGCUCAGGGCAGGGAAUAAUGCAAAAUUCCCCAAGUGGGAUGCUCCAAGAACAGGCAAAUAACGGCAAAAUAAACACAGCCAUGGAGGCAACACUCAUCUUCCUCUGCUCUCUGCUGGUGCCAGUGGCUGUGGCAGAUGUGGCCACCCAGGAGAAGGAGAAGGAGGAGGAGGACCCCUUUAACUAUGAUUACCAGAGCCUGAGGAUCGGGGGGCUGGUGUUUGCCGUGGUCCUGUUCACCGUUGGCAUUCUCCUUAUACUCAGCAGGAGGUGCAGGUGCAGUUUCAACCAGAAACCCAGGGCUCCAGGGGAUGAGGAGGCUCAGGCAGAGACCCUGAUCACCUCGAAUGCAACGGGGGCACAGAAGGCGGAGAACUGCGCUUUCCCGUGGGUGCCCCACUCCCAGAGCGAGGCGCCCGCCGGACGACACACCGAGGCGAUGGGUGACGAGCAAGCGCCCGAGCAGGGCCUGGACAGGUUCAGCUACGACUAUGACACCAUCCGCAAUGGGGGGCUGAUCUUCGCUGUUGUGGCUUUUGUGAUCGGGCUUCUCAUCAUCCUCAGCCAGCGGUUCCACUGCGGAGGGAAGAAGAAGCCGAGACAAGGGAACGAGGAGAACCUGUAGGUGCAG